UUUCUUCUUGGAGCCUCUUAGGGGAUACAGACCAGUAAAGGCCCACAUUACCCCAAUUGAGGCAUCCAUUCUUUCUACCGGCAUCACUUCAGGGUGGAGACACAGGACAUAUUUUUUAAAAGAACAUACUCUACGUAUUCCCAAGAUGAGUGAGCAGGAGGUCACUUUCCCAACUAUGAGAUUCCACAAGUCUUCAGGGUUGAACAGCCAGGUGAGACUUGAGGGGACUCAGAGAUCUAGAAAAGCUGGCCUAAGAGUGUGUUCAGUCCCUUGGCAGCUCAUUGUGAUAGCUCUUGGAAUCCUCUGUUCCCUUCGGCUGGUAAUUGUUGCAGUGUUUGUGACAAAGUUUUUUCAGUAUAGUCAACACAAACAAGAAAUCAAUGAAACUCUCAACCACCGCCAUAACUGCAGCAACAUGCAAAGGGAUUUCAACUUAAAGGAAGAAAUGUUGACAAAUAAGUCUAUAGAUUGUAGGCCAAGCUAUGAACUUCUGGAAUACAUCAAAAGAGAACAGGAGAGAUGGGACAGUGAAACCAAGAGUGUUUCAGAUUCUUCACGAGACACAGGCAGAGGUGUUAAAUACUGGUUCUGCUAUGGUACUAAAUGUUAUUAUUUCAUCAUGAAUAAAACUACAUGGAGUGGAUGUAAAGCGAACUGCCAGCAUUACAGCGUUCCCAUUGUGAAGAUAGAAGAUGAAGAUGAACUGAAAUUCCUUCAACGCCAUGUUAUUCUAGAGAGUUACUGGAUUGGAUUGUCAUAUGAUAAGAAAAAAAAGGAAUGGGCAUGGAUUCACAAUGGCCAAUCUAAACUUGACAUGAAAAUAAAGAAAAUGAACUUUACGUCUAGAGGAUGUGUAUUUUUAUCUAAAGCAAGAAUAGAAGAUACUGACUGUAAUACUCCCUACUACUGUAUUUGUGGGAAGAAACUGGAUAAAUUCCCUGAUUAACUUUCCAACCAGAGUUAAAGAACAUAGUCUGCUGUGAAGAGAAACAAAGCUGCAAGAACAUUGGGACUGUCCUCUCCUAUCUAUCUUGACAGAACAGAGGUCAUUUUUCUAUCCUGUUGGAGAGAGGACAAAUCUACUCAGGUGAAUGGGCAUGCUUUGCCCUAAAGCCUUCAGAAUUGUGUUCUUUCUGAUUUCUUAAACUCCCAUAAAACUGAAUAAAGAGUCCCCCCUA